UCUUCUGCCCCAUGUGCCCUGAAGCACCUGGAGCCUGCCCAACAGAACACAGAACAACUCCCGCCUGCCUCCCUGCGUCUGGCCAUGGCCUGCUGGCAUCUGGCCCUCUUUCUUACUGGGGUCCUUCUGGCAGUUUUCCAGCCAGUCCUGGCCCAGCCUGAUGCACUGCUGAUCUUCCCAGGCCAAGUGGCCCAGCUCUCCUGCAUACUUAGCCCCCGCCAUGCCACCAUCGGGGAGCAUGGUGUGUCUUGGUACCAGCAGCGGGCAGGCAGUGCCCCCCGCUACCUCCUUUACUUCCGCUCAGAGGAGGACUACCACCGGUCCCCUGACAUCCCUGACCGCUUCUCAGCAGCCACAGACAUAGCCCACAAUGCCUGCAUCCUGACCAUCAGCCCCGUGCAGCCUGAGGACGACGCGGAUUAUUACUGCUCUGUGGGCUACCUGUCCUAGCCGUGGAGUGUGGGUUGACACCUCCUGUCUGCCUUCCAAUUCUGCCCCUGAUGUUGGGCCCCCAACUUUCUCUGAGCCUUGAUUUUCCUCCUCUGUAAAAUGGGCUAAUAAUAUUCACCAUGUCAACAAUAACUUUUCUGAGA